AUGCCUCCGAAGACAACGAAAAAGGCUGAUCCCAAAGGAGGCAAGGCUCCACCUGCUAAGAAAAAGGAAGGAUUAGGAGGAAAGGCUAAGAAGAAGAAGUGGUCCAAGGGAAAAGUUCGAGAUAAACUCAACAACAUGGUUCUUUUUGAUCAGGCGACGUAUGACAAGCUCUAUAAAGAGGUAAUCACCUACAAGCUCAUCACCCCGUCAGUGGUAUCUGAACGGCUGAAGGUUCGAGCAUCCUUGGCGAAAGCUGGCCUUCGAGAACUUCAAGCAAAAGGAUUGAUUAAGUGUAUCGUUCAUCACGGCGGUCAAGUUGUGUACACGCGGGCUACCAAAGAGGCCGAUGUGAUUGUUGAUAUUAAAAUCUUGUUCACUCCUGAUCUAAGUAUUUCCUAUCCACUGAUUCUCAACAUUCGAAAUAAUUCUAUUAAGAUGUUUGUAUUCCGCGUACUCACUGCUGUACCGUACAGCAAUGAACAAGGCGCGAAGGAUUUCAUUGCAAGUAUACAUUCUUUUGUGACAUGUAAUCUGCUAGUUGGAUUAGCCGUGCUUGUGUCAUGGAAGCAGUUUGGCGGGAAGCCUAUAGAAUGUAUGGUUCCGACAGACUUCACAAAUGCCUGGGUGCAGUACGCAGAGAAUUAUUGCUGGUCUCAUGACACCUAUUUUCUGCCUUUCUCAACCCCUGCGGCAAGAUUUUCCGGUGGUACUGAACGUAGCUCUGCCCAGAUAUCGUAUUAUCAAUGGAUACCAUUCUUUUUGCUUUUCGAAGCAGCUUGUUUCCGUUUACCCUGUUUUAUAUGGAAGUAUUUUGCAAGUCAAAGUGGUAUGAGAGUGGGGGAAAUAUUGCGCUUGGCAACUGAUGAGCAUAAUACUGUGCCGGAGAUAAGGAAAGAAAACAUCAAAGCCUUAUGUAUCCACCUGCAAGGAGCCCUUCGUUUCCAGAAAAGGCUCAAGAUGAAGAACUUGUCGCCACACAAGGUUCUCCGAUGUCUCAACGUAAAGUAUUCUACAUAUUAUGUAACCUUCAUCUACAGCAUUGCAAAGCUUGCAUUCCUUGUGAAUGUUGGAUUACAAACCAAAUUGUUAAAUCGAUACCUACUCCCUCGUUAUUUUUCAAAUCAAUUUGGUUUCGAAGCCUGGCAAUCCUUAUGGAAUGGGAAUGAAACGUGGAAAGACAACGGGUUGUUUCCUAGGGUCACCUUAUGCGAUUUUGAGGUACGGGAAAUGGGAAACAUCCAAACGCAUACGGUGCAAUGCGUGCUUUUAAUCAAUGUGUUUACAGAAAAGAUCUUCAUAGUUUUGUGGGCAUGGUACGUUUUUCUGGGCACCUUGACGGCUUGCAAUUUAUUCAGCUGGAUGUUUGCAAUGUUCAGCGAUACGUCCAAAGAACACUUUAUUAUCAAUCAUCUUGAAAUGUUAAUGGCUCAACACGCUGACGUAGUGUUCAUCACCGAAUUAAUUGGAGCGUUGUGGUUGAGCCAUUGUGAUAUUGAGGAACAGAGGAGGACGCUUAAACAAAUGAAUCGUAUUCUUCCCCUUGUACGACCAGAUGUUGUCGAAGCUCAAGCUACCAUGGAGCAUUACGGAGUAGCGAAGCAAAAGAUAAACAGACGUCAUUCGAGUCUCAAACGUCAUGGCAGUGUAGACGACUUAGAGUCAAAGAAAUCCAAGCAGUUCGGUGACAGCAGCAGCGACGAGGAUUCCAAGGAGAACAGUGAACUUAGUUGA